UUGGUUCUUGUUUUGGGCGAUUUACACAUCCCAUACAGAUGUAGUAGUUUGCCGACGAAGUUUAAGAAGUUAUUGGUACCUGGCAGGAUCCAGCAUAUACUUUGCACCGGUAAUUUGUGCACGAAAGAGUCGUACGAUUACUUAAAAACAUUGGCCAGUGAUGUUCAUGUAGUAAGGGGCGAUUUUGAUGAUAAUUCCAAUUAUCCAGAGCAGAAAGUGGUGACGGUGGGUCAGUUUCGGAUAGGUUUAUCUCACGGUCACCAAGUUGUACCGUGGGGUGACCCAGAGUCUUUAGCGCUCAUACAACGACAAUUAGACGUGGAUAUACUCAUAUCAGGACACACUCAUAAAUUUGAAGCGUACGAGCACGAAAAUAAGUUUUAUAUUAAUCCCGGAUCAGCGACUGGAUCAUACAAUGCACUGGAUACGUCAAUAACACCAUCAUUUGUGUUAAUGGACAUACAAAAUACAACUGUAGUAACGUAUGUUUAUCAGCUGGUCGGAGAUGAAGUUAAAGUUGAAAGAAUUGAAUAUAAGAAAAACUAA